AUGGCGAAGGUGAUUUUGCUCUUCGCAACCUGCGCCGUAGUGAGUGGGGAUUACAAUCUCUAUACAACUCCUACCUUCUUUCAAGAUCUGUCAUCGGGUUAUCAAGAGAAUAACAGGGUUGCGGAUGGCGGUGUAAUAGCUGAAAGACUGCCAGUUAAUGGUUUUGGAGACAUUAAAAGUACAUUAACAGGUCCAGAAGGCUAUCUGAGCUUUAGCAACCCACCGCCGCCACCAGGCUCCACACAGGAUCAGACAUCGCAAACAUGCGCAGUGCCACCAUCAUCUUGUCCUAAAUCCCGGUACCGUACUCUUGAUGGCAGCUGCAACAACCCUCUGAGGCCCAGCCUUGGUAUGCCUCAGACACCUUACCAGAGGUUGCUUCCAUACUCCUAUUAUGACGGUAUCAGCCAAUUACCCAAGUCAGUUACUGGAGAAGAACUGCCAAAUGCACGUGAAAUCAGUUUGACUGCUUUCCCAGACAAGCCUCUAAUAGACCCUAAAUGGAACUUAAACGCACAGCAAUGGGGCCAAAUCAUCACUCAUGACAUGUCUCUAACCGCUGGAAACCCACAAAGUCAUCGCAAUCCAAUUGUUUGUUGCGAUGAUGACGGUCUUCUCGCCGCGGACUAUGGGAACAACCCAAAGUGCGCCCCUGUUCUUAUACCCCCAAAUGACCCAAUACACGGACCUCAGGGCACGCAAUGUAUGAAUUUUGUCAGAACUGGAACAACGAGAGACAGGAGGUGCACACCAUCCAAUGCUCCUGCACAGCCGCUUUCAACUGUCACCGCAUACAUGGAUCUUUCGCUAGUCUAUGGAAACAGCGAUAGCCAAUUGCAGACUAUCCGUGAAUUCCGUGGCGGGAGAUUAUUGACAUUAUUAAGGAAUGGCCGUGAGUGGCCCCCGCAGGACCCUAAUGUCACAAUGACCUGCGAAUCUGCGCAGUCACCGAACGAACCCUGCUACUUGACUGGUGACAUACGUGUGAAUCAGAACCCACAGUUAACGAUUCUACAAGUUAUUUUGCUCCGCGAACAUAAUCGUAUCGCAAACAAGCUCGCUUCAAUGAAUCCCUGGUGGAGCGAUGAAACAAUAUUCCAAGAAUCACGGCGGAUUCAUAUCGCACAAAUACAGCAUAUUAAUUAUUAUGAAUAUCUUCCUAUAUUCCUUGGAUUGGAAAACAUGUUAAAGAACAGGUUAAUAUACCGCGGUGUGGAUUCAUACGUGUCCGACUACAACCCUCAAGUGGACCCAUCCGUUCUGGACGAACAUGCAACGGCAGCCUUCAGACAUUUCCAUACUUUGAUUCGUGGAUAUUUGCACUUGAUAACAGAGGACAGACAACUUGCUGGCUACGCCCGUUUAAGUGAUUGGUUCAAUCGACCACUCCUAUUGGAACUCGACAACAUUUUCGACAAGUUGACUUUGGGUCUAACAUUUCAGCCUCAAGGCUUCAGCGAUCGCUUCUGGGAUAGCGAAAUAACGCAGUUCCUUUUCCGCCGCAACCAAACAUUUGGCGGUGAUCUUCGAGCGACAGACAUACAACGUGGUCGCGACCAUGGCUUGGGCAGCUACAUUGACACUAGAGCUGCUUGCGGUCUUCCAGUGCCCCGAACCUUCCAGGAAAUGAGAGAUUUCAUACCUAAGGAAAGCGUAGACCUACUGGAAACUAUCUACAGCGAUGUGAGAGACGUCGAAUUGGUUGUCGCUGGAUCUUUGGAGGUUAAUGCACAUGGAGCGCAAGCUGGUCCCACGUUCCUAUGCAUCCUCACUGAACAAUUCUACAGAACCAGAGUGGGUGAUAGGUAUUUCUAUGAAAAUGGAGAUCCGGAUGUUGCAUUUACUUUAAGUCAACUGCAAUCAAUUCGUCGAGGAGCAUCAAUGGCACGAAUCCUUUGCGAUAAUGCAAACGAUAUUCAGUUCAUGCAGCCGCGGGCCUUUGAACUCGUCUCAGUUGGAAAUACACCAGUCCCCUGCAACCGUCUACCAUCAAUAGAUUUAAGUUUAUGGCAAGACGAGAGAAGAAAUUUUGGAUGAUAUUAUUAAGACUAAUUUUGGAUUAAAUGUAUCUUAUACAUACUAUAAACGUUAAUUAAAAUAACGUUUAAUCGGGUCUAAGAUAGCGCUUUAAAGAAAGUUUUCCUUCAAGUUAACUGUGUCAGAACUUUACAGGUGCACAGCCGAGCUUUGUACCUUUAAGAUUAAACAGCUAAUUAACGUUUAUAGUAUGUUUCACGAAUGUAUCGAAUAACUUAUAUAUUUCUACUAACAUAAGUAUUAUUUUUAACAACAAUGUAUUUUCUGUAUACUAGUAAAAAUAAUUUCAUAAAUGGUGAGAGUAUAUUUGUCCUAGCAUCUAUUAGUACUAAAUAUAAGUAAAUUCAGUGUCGGUACUGUGUAAUUGCUAAUACAAUGUUAAGUUUUUGUACCGUCCUGCUGCAUUGCUUUUCCAUCUCUGCCUUGUCGUUUUUUUUAUCUAAGACAUGUCGGUUUCCUCACGAUGUUAUCCUUAACCAUAUGAGCGAGUGUUAGACAGAAAGUUGGUGAAAGUCGCCAUUAGUGCAUGGCCGGGGAUCAAACCUACGAAUUCAGAGACUUCGCACGCUAAAGUCAAUUGGCCAACAUUGCUUGGGAUUAAUCUUAAAAGUCAAUGUUAUUAAAUACAUAACAUAUUAUUAUUUAUCAAAUUAAAAUAUUAUUUUUAAUUAACUUGAAACUGAUAUCAGAUCUGUAAUUUGUGAGGUUUUAUAACUUAAAAUCCAUUAAACAUGCCUUAACUAAUUGGACGACGAAGACUUGACAGCCAUUAAUUACAUUAAAUUAAAUUGAAAACUGAUGAAUAGAUUUUUUUAUGACUGCUUUUAUAUGAUACUUUAAAAAGUAAU